UAACAAGUGUCAAAAGCAUCAAAACAAUCGCGAGGGAGGAAAGUUUUUUCGUCCAGAUUUGUAAUAAUUAUUGUAAUUUAUUCUUAUCAUUGUAAAUUGGCCGAUUAAAACAUUGUUCAAGUGUUCAUAUUCUUGCAUUUCCGGAACCAGUGAAAGUGCUAGUGAAAAUUUCCGCAAAAAAUGGAUUUGGAACCGAGCAAAGUGGUGGACUUUCGCUACGAGUUCCUCAACCAUGACGACAAGCCGGCCCAUCUGAUUUACCCGGUGGAGAUCCCCUUCCGGGACAGUCCGGACGAGUUGGCUCAUCGGAUCGUGACGCAGCGAAUGGACCCGAUCAUGACGUUUCUGCAGGCGGACAAAGACCUCAAGGUGGCGCUGAGGAGCUUUAUUGAAAAGGAGAACCAAGAUUUCUAUGACGAGCGGGAUGAGGCGUUGUUGGAGAAGUUGAGGACAGGUCAUGUGGAUGUCGAUGCCCUGGCAUUGGAACUGGAGCGGUCGUAUAAGGACGAGAUUCUGGAGUAUGCCGAUCGGGUGGGACCGUCCGAUGAGGAGAUCUUUGCCCAAAGCUACCACCAGCUGGUUCAUUCGUCGGUGCUGUCGGAAAUAUUGGCCAAAGAGCGGGACUAUGCGAAGACCAUUACGAAUCUCACGGCCCAGAUGACCCAGCAGAUCAAUACGAUGAACUCGCUGCACCAGGAGGAGAUCGAGUCCAAGAUGAAGCUGUUGGACAUUUCUGUUACGUCGGAGAAUAUCAAUCACAUUCUGGCCAAGCAGUACAACAUGCAGAACAUGAUUCGAAAGCAGUGCGAAUCGGAACUAGAAUCGACCAGGGGGCACCAGAAGUACGAGUACCGUGACUGGAUUACGACUCACAUCGAUGCCAGCUUCUUGGCAGAAUCGGACAGCCCCACGCAGAUCGGGAAUCGCUGGUCGAUGAUAUCCACACAGGGUCCCUCCAUGGAGGAAAGCUUCACCAUCCAUUUGGGGUCCCAGCUGAAGCAUAUGCACAACAUCCGGAUCCUGAGCACCAAGAUCUCCGACCUGUGCAGUCCCCUGUACAGCGACACCAGCUUCGGCGGUCCAAACGUGGCUCUGGGGCUUUAUUCCAGCUCAUUGUGUGGCAUAGUGGUCCUAACUCCGUCCGGAUCCGUUUCACCGGAUACGGAAAUCCGCCGCAAUGCGAACAUGUCGACGGAGUUCCACUUCGACCAGGUCGACCACCAGAUCGAGAAGAUUCAGGACGAUUUGCGGAAACUGCGGGACAGCCCUCCGGAGGAACAGGACUUUGGUAAUGGUGGUGGGGAGCCCCGAACGUCGCGGUUGAAACCGGGUGACGUGUUCAUCACGCGCCACUCCAAUCUGUCCCACUCGCACGUGAUCUUCCACCUGAUUUCGGACGAAACGUUCCAGAGUCCGAGCGAGAUCAACUCGCGCCAUCCAGUGAUUCUGGGGUUGCGGAAUAUUCUGAAGAUUUCCAGUCGACAUGACGUGACGACGCUUAGCAUUCCGGCGCUGCUGCGGCACCAUAUGUCCGAGGACAUGACCGUCAGCUGGUGUAUCCGCCGGGCCGAACUGGUGUUCAAAUGCGCCAAGGGUUUCAUGAUCGAAUCGGCCAGUUGGGGCGGAGCGGAGCUGAACACGCUGCAGCUGCUUUUGCCGUACGACAUCUCCGAGGAGCUGUUCCGUACGCUGGCCGAUAUGGUGCCACAUGUGUUCCGGGUGGCCAAUCCAAAGAUACUGCAAUAGUGCCGUAGGUAAGUAGGUACCGUCGAUGGUGCAUCAGUAUAAGCUUCCAGCAAUGGACUGGCUAAAUCUAAUUUAUUUGCGACAUUUAGCAAUAUUCGAAUCAUUAAUUUGUGAUAAGUAUAUGAAAGCUUACCAAUAUGUACUGAUUAUGUUAUAUAACCCAAAAAAGAUUAUGUUAUAUAAGCCAAUUGGCGAAGAAACCCAAUAAUAAUAAUCUAAUUAAUCGUCA